UCAAGGGUCGGGGCACAGUGCGGAUUAAAAGCUCCCUCGCUACUCACCAGUCGCUCGUCCUACCGAUGGACUUCUCUCGUACGUGUGAUGCUCUAUCGUGAAUCCGGUCGGGGUUAUGUCAACGAGUAUGUGCUUCAGGUGAUGUGGCAGCUCCAUCCUCCAGCGUCGCGAGCGCAAGCAUGGCUCUCCAUCGUUUCGAUUGUUAUCGACUGCAUUCAGGUGCUACGUGUCCACGUGUGUCGUCGUCGUCAUGUUCGCUCAGCAAGCCCACGACCGUGCUGUACAUGUAAUACGCGACUUGUUCAGGUCGAAUCUUUUCAAAACCGGGGCGGGUCAGGGUGCCCUGGGGCGAUUUGCCGAGGAGAGUUCCGAACGCUCGAUCGAACAGGGCCAAGAGAUCGACCGGUGGCAGCGCGGCAAUCGCGUCGACCGACUCUGUCCACGCAUGCGCGACGAUGAUCCUUUCAAGCGCAUGAAUGAGUCUCUGCCCCCUCCGAAGCAUGCGUUUGCUUUGGUCAUCGAUGGAUAUGUCGCUGACUUUGAAGUUCCGGAGUGGGCCGACGCGGUUGGCGGCGUCUCCGUGAUACCAGUGCAUCCACAGAGUCUUACAAAGCGUGGGACGGCACCGCCAGUGUGGCGGCGGUGGCUGCCAUCGAGCAGAUUUCGUCAAAGGUGGCGAGAUAUCCCGACCGUGGCUCCGUGCUUCACCGUCGUGGUCACAGUCGUUGGGCGCGAUGAGUGCGGUGGGUUCGUGUGCACAGGAUGCUCUGGUUUCAAACUUGCGUUUUUUUCGUUGAGAGGACGAAGAGCAUGGAGAUGCGAACGAGAUCGGUUCUUUGCAUUGGUCGCUUGGCGUGGCAUCGUUGGACAAGAUGUGUUGCAAGGACAAACUAUGGAAAUGGGGCCUUGAUUCCUCGGUUUUGGAAUCGGUUUCUGAGGCGGAGAUGAGUUGGCGAUGCUGAACACCGUUGGUUGACGGCAGCGGGGUGUUGUGCAGGUUGUCGGAGUUGGUGGGAGAAGGAAAAUCGUCCACUACGGAUGCACUGGGAGACGGGAUGCACGCCGUCUCCACGUGUAUGGGGCUGCAGCCACAUCUGAUGGUCGCAUCAUUGCACCAAGCAGUUCGAGCGUGGUGUUGCACCGGUGUUGAUGGCACUGGUUUGUCAACAUCAAGCUUGGAUGCGUGCAACAACGCUUGCGUGAACUCGGCGACGGUCAUUGUGAUGGUCGUUUCGGCUGGAGUACCGACACGGGCCUUGGCUUCAUGGAGCCGGUGGUAAAUGCGAUCAGGAAGGCAUUCGAUGGCCUUGAAGACCAUGUCCAGCCGCCGGUCCAGCAUCGCCAGGCGCUCGUCCACAGACGGGUCAAUCGCCAUGUCGACGAGAUUGA